CUCCCCCCGCAGCCUGUGUGGCUCCUCCUCCUCCAGAGUGGGUGACAGUGGGAGGGGCAGUGACCAUUUCUCCGGCGGGGGGGGAGGUGACCGUACACAUUGUCGUGUCCUUGUUGUCAGCAGCGCUAUGGCAGAGCAGCCGGCGGUGUGCGCGGCACAGGUGAGCGGGAGUGUGCCCGUCCUCUUCUGCUUCUCCGUCUUCGCCCGGCCUUCCUCCGUGCCGCACGGCUCCGGCUAUGAAGUCCUGAUCACGAAGUUCCUCAGUCUGUACGGGGACCAGAUAGACAUGCACCGCAAGUUUGUGGUGCAGCUCUUCGCGGAGGAGUGGGGGCAGUACAUCGACCUGCCCAAAGGCUUCGUGGUCAGUGACAGGUGCAAAGUCCGCCUGGUGCCCCUGCAGAUCCAGCUAACAACACUUGGAAACCUUACUCCCACUAGUACUGUCUUUUUCUGUUGUGACAUGCAAGAGAGGUUCAGACCAGCAAUCAAGUAUUUUGGAGAUAUUAUAAGCGUAGGACAAAGAUUGCUACAAGGAGCGCGUAUAUUAGGAAUACCAGUGAUCGUCACAGAACAGUAUCCUAAAGGACUUGGGAGCACUGUGCAAGAACUUGACCUAACCGGAGUGAAGCUUGUGGCCCCAAAGACCAAAUUUUCUAUGGUUUUACCAGAAGUAGAGGCAGCGCUGGCUGAAAUUCCUGGGGUUCGUAGUGUUGUGCUGUUUGGAGUUGAGACUCAUGUAUGUAUUCAACAAACUGCACUGGAUCUGAUUGGCCGAGGGGUAGAAGUUCAUAUUGUGGCCGAUGCAUCUUCAUCAAGGAGCAUGAUGGAUAGGAUGUUUGCUUUAGAGCGCCUUGCAAGGAAUGGAAUCAUAAUCACCACAAGUGAGGCUGUACUCCUGCAGUUGGUUGCUGAUAAGGACCAUCCGAAGUUCAAAGAAAUCCAAAACCUUAUUAAAGCAAGUGCUCCCGAGUCAGGACUCCUUUCUAAAGUUUAACUACAAAUGAAAUGACUCUCCUAAUUGGAUUCCAUUUACUCGUUGUAUUUUCCAGUACAGAAUAAUUACAGAACUGCAUGAUUAUACUUUGGAGCAAACUAACGAUUCAAUAUCUUCACGGACUCAUCCGUAAACCAAAUGAUUGUUUGCCUGCGUGUCAAAUGAAGUGAAUAUUGUAAUGUUGUCUAGCUUCUUAUAGAUAUUAACUAUGAGAGCAGUUUUAUGUGAUAGAUCAGGACCGUGUGCAGUCUUGGUCUUUCAAUUUUCGGAGCAACUUGCAGGGCUCUGUAGAUUGUGGAGUCUAGUUUGCAUAAGUAUAGGCUGGAUGGUUGGUAAAGGUAUAUGGCAUGAAGAGGCGCCAAUCACUUGUCCAUGUUCUUAAUUUAGGCCUAGUCCCAAGAUUGCAGUGUACCCCAGCUGGAGUAGAUUUCAAUUGGCAUUUAUGCCAGAAAACUGGCAUUGCUAAGAGAGAGUGUUCUGGGGCCACACCGACACCACUCCGCUUUUUUCAGAAAGUGUCGAAAGAAGCAUUUAAACGCCACUUGCACCCAGAUUUAAGCAGUGGUGUUCCAAACAUUGCAAACCAUGGGCUUGCAACUUUUUUGCCCCAGUUUCUUAUGUAAAUAACCCCUAUUGUGCCAUAUGUGUACUAAAGGCUGCAUUACACCAGGCGAUUGUUGGGCCAAUCAUUGCUAACGCUCGUUAGCAAUGAUCUGGCAGUGUAAUACUGCCACCGAUUACCUGAUAAACCAGCAAGCGCUCGUUCAUCGGGCAAUCCAAAUCUUUUGACAGGUUUAAAAAUUGUUUGCAGGUGGCAGAUCGGGGUGUCUAAUCACAAUGUGCUGCCGGCAAAUACCUGGACAGCAUGGGGACGAGCGAUGGUAUAAUGAACUCCCAUGCUGUUGAAGAGAUCUCUGCAUGUAAUAGCAGUGGUUUCCUCCACUAGCGAGCAGGUGAUUAGCGCUUUCAGAAUUGGGCUGUCUGAUACAGCCUUAAAUGUGGGCUUAGGGCUGCAUGACCAUGUAUAGGAACAGGAUUUUUAGAGCCUCUUGUCUCAUUACUGGAAAUAAACAUAAACACUUGCAAGAUCCAAGUACUUUACAUAACAUGAAUGGUUUUUAUGUGACCAACCAAAUUAUUAUAGCAGUCACCUGCAUUCAUAUAUUGCACUAUUAGAUUCCAGCUGUAACUCGGCUUAAAAAAUAAUUGUACAUUGGUCCAUCAAGAUACAAUGACCUCAGGAUACAAUAUUUCACCUUACAAUGGUUAUUGCUGGAUCAUCAUAACAAGAAACUAGACUCAACAAACAAUGACUCAGACCCAACCAAUCAACCUGGCCAUUUCACUGGUAAAACCUGUAUUGGCUGCCUAGUAUAUCUUCUUUACAGUACAGUGUGGUACUACAUCUCCUGUACUGCCCUCUGCCUGUACCAGGAUGAGCAGCUCCUUUGGUUGUCAGAUGAGGACGGCUCACCUUUAUUCUUCUGGUACACUGUGUGCUACAUAGGACCCUGAAGAAGCUCCUGUCUUCAUCCUGGCUUUCAUCAUCAUUACAUGCAAAAACUUGGUUUAUCUGCUUAUUUUGUUAAAUCUUAAUUUCUCAUAUCUUAGGGUGACAUUUGGGGCUUUGGAACCAAUUAUUAGUUUUCCACUCAAAUUGCAAUGGUUUCAAAAUACAAUGGUCGCCUCGGAACCAAAGAUUGUUGUACCUCGAGGGAUCACUAUAUGGCUGGGAUAGACAAACAAAUAUAGUGUUUAGCAGCCUGUCAGACCAAGCAAACUUUUUUUUUAGUAGCCUAGGAAAAAAUGUACAAGCAGAUUUCUAGGUGCAUUGUAUACCAAGCUUCUGGGAUUUGCACAUGCCUGCUAUGAGGUAACCAGAAUGUAAGUACAGACAGGCAGUGCACAUUGUGGUAUGUAUAUAACAUACACUUUAUAUACAGUAAUAUUAACAUAAAAUGACCUCCAACUUCCACUAACGUAGGUAGAAAGGACUAUUAUUAAUAAGGAGACAGUCAAGUCUUUUGUAUCUCUGCAGCCUUUUUCUCCCAUGUCCUGUUUUUUGUCUCUGGUUCAUUAAUGUUAUAUCCUUCAUUUCUAUGGCAGCAUCCAUCCAUCUCUGUGCUCAAGGGAGCUUAGAGGUAAAACAAUAAUCAUGUUUGCUCCAAAAACAUGUCCUAAAGAAGAUGACAAGCUCCAGUCUUGCCAUUUGUGCUUUAAUUUGAAUGUUUGGCUUGGAUAAGACACACGAUCCUUGUGUACGUUUUUUUUUUUUAGCUGUCUACUUCUCUGACUACUACUAAUACAAGAUCAAAUACUAAAAAGGCGAGUUUAUCCUCUGUGUAUUAUUUAGAGGACAUAUCUAUGCGGCAGCAGUUAGGUCUGUGCUCCAGUAAUGAUUGAUUCAUUCAGUUUGAAAAAAAAUGAACCCUGGGAAUUGACAAGAUGUGGGUUCAAGCUGUUGGUCCAGAUGUAGGAGAAAAUCUCCAAUAUGGGCUGUAUGCUCCGAGACUGUACAUUUUAUUAAAGUGAUUAUAUAAAUAUGGCAGAUUUAGUUACUCAAUGUGGCAGAGGUAAUGCCGAAUGUGUAUAAACACUUCUUAAAACCCAUAUUUAUAUGUAUGGUCUGAAAACUGCAGAUGUUCCAUAUUUGGUUUUGAGAGCUUGAUUCAAGAGCGAUGUUACAAACAGAAUAGAGAGGUUUUCUGAGACUUUACAUUGACUUUCACUGGAACAACUGUUGCUGCCCCUUUGUUUUCUAGAUUGGUUAGAGUUUGGAGGAUGAGACCCCCAUCAUGUGCCAUUAAAGGGGUUUACAUAUCUGGCACAUUGAUGGCAUAUUACUAUGAGAUGCCAUCAGUGUCAGAUAGGUAAGGGUCACACUUCUGGUACUUGCUCCCAUCUCCAAAAUGGGGCCUCCAAAGUGAAUGCGAGCGCACCGCACAUGUGCAGCAUGCUCUCCUUUUAUCAUUAUGGGAGUUACAAAAAUAGCCAAGCGAGUGGACUCAGCUGUUUUCGGAAGUUCCACAUCGGGAAAAGAGAGUGCACUGUGCGACCACCGCUCCAUUCACUGCUGUGGGACAGCCAGAAAUAGUCAAGCUCGAGCUCCUCUCUGCAUCUCCGUUUACUUUGGGGCCUCGUUCUGGAGAUAGGUGCAGGUCCCAGAGGUGGGACUCACACCUAUCUGAAAUUGGUGGCAUAUCCUAUCAAUAUGCAAUCAAUGUUUUAGAUGGACCAAACCUCUAGUGUAAAGUUCCAAAAAAUCAAUUUUACUGAUAAGUGUACAACAAACUUAUUGCUAUGUUUAAAUAAUUUGUUAGCUUUGCUCUCUAAUUUUUGCCUGUUACUACUUAGUUUACGACCUGUAGUAGAAGGAAGCGCUUGUGCCUGAACCACACAGGUCAUUCAUAUUGGUGAUAUGUUGUAUUGAUUACGACUUUAGAGGGAAUUCUGCUUUAAUAAUAGAGAAUGUGGUCACAUACAGUAGAUGUCAGUCAAUGGAUUUAUUAUGGUUCCAUGUAAACUCCAGACUUUGUAUUGUCCAGUAACGUACUUAUGAUUUAGGAGUGACUCGGUGCGGUGCCUGCGUCGUCUGUACAGUACCUCGGUUGGAAUACACCACUAUAAAGUGCAGUUUUUUGUGUGGAAAUCUUUCUAGUUUGUACACUUUGUAUUUGUAUGUUUCCAUUUUUGGUCAAUCCUUGCUAAAUAAAAUGUGACUUUUUUCCACCUA